AUGGACGAGCGACCGAUUCCGACGAUUGGCGCCACGCACGCGCAACAGCAGUUGGAUCAAGAGAGGGCGACGACGACGGGGAAUACGAAUAAAGGGGGAGGGACGAAAGGAGGGACGAAAAACGAAACGACGACGACGGCGUUUUUAUCCGUCCACGAUUUAGUGCACUUUGCAAUCACGACGUCGAGCACGCGUUCGGCGACGUUGAGAGAGAUUUACGAGACGUGCGAGAAACACGGACGGAUCGCGCACAAGCAUAAUCGAAAGUCGAGAGUGAUUACGUCAAACGGACACUGGAAGUCGCAAGUGAGACACGCUUUGUAUACGAGCAAAAGGUUUACGAGGAACGAUGCAAAAGGCGUGCAAGGCGAUCGAUGGCGAGUCAUUCCGCAGUUUGCUAAUGAACCAGUCCAUACGGUUGUCGUUGACGAUGCCGGAGAUAGCGAGACGAACGGCAUAGCAACGACGACGAUAGCGAGCAAUAACAACAACAACGGAACAAUAGGAAGUAACGGGGGACUUCAUAACAACAAUAACAACAACACUAGUAGUAAAGCAAAGGCAUCAGUAGGAGCAUCGAAGAAACCACCGAAAGCGACCACAGGCGUGGCGACGAACAGAAAAACGACGAAAAAGAAUCCGACAAAGGCACAAAUAGCGGCUGCGGCGAAGAAGAACGCGGCGGAGAAUAAGAGCAUAUCGUCCGAUUUGCUUCACGACGCCCACGUGGCUGGGUUCCAAAACGAGCAACAAGGAGGAGGAGGAAAGAGUAACGGAACCCAGGAUAUCUUCUCACCGUCGACAGGGACAAAGCGAUCGUUAGGUCAAAUUAUGGACGAGGAUUUAUCCUCGUUUGAUAUGGAGGCGGUGGGUAGAAGGUUUAUGCGCUUUACGCCAGACCCGUCUCUGAACGACCAGACGGCGAACAUGAACGGCGCCAUCGGCGGCGAGGUGAUGCAUCAACACCCGUACGACCAAAACCCGAAAGUAAACGGGCACAUGGUCAGGCCGUUGAGUCCAGUAGCUAGACAAUCGAUUCCGAUAUCUGGACCGAAUGAGUUGCGACAUUUGAAGGCGAAACCUCGAGAUUUACUUAGAAAUCGAAGGAAAUCGAGUUCGGCGAGCGUCGGACAAGCGCCGUGUUCGCCGGACGCCAUCGAUAAACUCAACGAGUACUUCCCGAAAGAGAGUGAAAUGGCGACUAUGUUUUCAUUCUUCUAA